ACUAGUUUUGGCUAUAGAUAGGUAGGCACCUACUUAAUAUUAUUUUGGUUAAUUCAUAUUAUGAAAUCUUUAUUCAUAUCCAAUCACUUGUUUCAGAAGAUGUUGUAAGUCAAUCGCAUUUAAGUACAAACAAUAAUAUAACUCUUGACAAAAGUGAAUCUGUUGAACCUGGUUUGAAAAUAUUUGAUUGUGCUGUGGAAAGUGUACCUAAUUUAUCUUCCUCUAGUGAAUUUAAAGAUAUUUUAAAAGAAUGGAAAAAUGAUCCAGCUAUUUUAUUAAAAUAUGAAAAAGAAUCAUUGUCGCCAAGGCUGAGAAAUCAUUUUUUUUUAUGGAAUCAUGUCACCCACUACCAGAAGAAUUACCUGAAAAAAAAUAUCCCCAAAGAACACACUAGGUCGUCGACUUAAUCAUUUAUGGUUUCACAGAGUCCUUCAAGAUGGUACCAAAAUUCAUAGAGAUUGGUUAUCGUACUCUCCUGCGAACAAACUAUUUUGUUUACAUUGUUUAUUAUAUGGUAACAACUUGCAUUAUAAAAAGUGCUUUUAAAACUUGAACCAAAGAUGGAUUUUGUACAUGGGUAAAUGGUAUUUUAAGUAUCAACAAACAUGAAACAUCUACUGACCAUGUAUUAUCUUCAGUAAAAAUAAAAACUAGAGCCCAGUGUACUCCAAUUAUUCUAAGUUUAGAAUAUGGGUGGAAAAUGCAGAUACCCUUCAAUAGGCAAGUGGUUUCUGAAUUAAUAAAUAUUAUAAUUUUUCUAGCCCAACAUAAUUUGUCUUUUAGAGGACAUAGAGAAAGUUUUUCUUCUACAUAUAGUUCAAAAGGCAAUUUAAGGAUAUGAUCAUAUUAUUGGCUGAAAAUUCAGUUGUCCUCAGUGAACACUUAACUAAAAUUAAAACUAAUGGUAAAAAAGAAUUGUCUUUUAUCAGUUGGGAACGUCAAAACCAAAUAAUUGAUUGUAUUGCUCAAGAUAUUUCUACAACUAUUACAACAGAACUUUACAAAGGCCAAUUAUUUAGUAUUUCCAUAGAUUCCACAAUUGACUUUUCACGGAAAGAACAGACAUCAUUUAUUGUCCGAUAUGUUGAUGAAAAUACAGGAAUGGUUUAUGAACGACUUAUUGCUAUCGAAGAAUGUGCAUAUACAACUGGUAUAGACCUUUUUGAACUAUUUAAAAAAAAUAUGAGUAAAUUCAAUUUAAACUGGACAGAAAAUCUUAUUGGUCAGUCCUAUGAUGGCGCAGCAAAUAUGACAGGAGAGUUUCAAGGAUUACAGUCUCAUAUUAAAAAUAUUAAUUAAAAAUUUACGUAUACUUGGUAUACAUGCUCAUUGUUUAAAUUUGGUUGUAAAAAACGUUAUAACCUCCAAUAAAUAUGCAAUAGAUUUAUUUGGAAACAUUGAAACCCUAUAUUAAUUUAUUUGGUGUUAAAAAAAAAGAGUUGCUAUAUUCAGAGAACAUCAAGAAAAAUGGAUAAAUGAUCGCAAAGAUAAUAAAAUGAUAGCUCUAAAAAGAGUAUGCAAAACAAGAUGGUCUUCUCAUUCUUCACCUUUUGAAACUGUUUUAAAUAGUUUAAUUUUACUGUUGCUACUCUUGAAGUUAUUUGCAAAACAAAAAGACCAAGUGAUGCAAAAGUUGAUGUAACUGCUAGUAGGCUAUUAGAAUAUUUUAAAUCUUAUCGUUUCCUGUACACAGCACACAUCUAUCAAAAAAUAUUCCAUACCCUAGAACCAUUAAACAAGAUAUUACAGACCAAAGACUUAGAUUUGCUUGCAUGUACCACAUUAAUAGAAAUUACAGUCAU